AUGGUACAGGCAUCGCUCUCCACCUCUCUUCAAAACGAUGAUAAAUCGCUGCAGCAGCUCAACGAGCGCGAACCCGAGGCUGAAUCGUCUCUAAAAACCGGUGAUAAGACGGAUGAUACGCUAACUGUUCAUCGCGGGGCAAUUCGUGUUCCUUCCCCGGACCCAUCCCUUGUAUCAAUAGACGAUUCGAACAUUAUACGAUUUGGUCAAAAUCCAGACUAUGCUCCUCUAUACCAUGACAGAUAUGCUUCACGCUUACCCACUCCUCCUCGUACCCUCAAAGGCAAAGUCCAAGCAUCAUGGACAUCGAACAAGGGUCUCGCACUUGUUCUACUCGCUCAGCUAUUCGGAACUCUGAUGAAUGUUACCACGAGAAUACUAGAAAUGGAAGGAAAUAAGGGCAACGGAUAUCACCCGUUUCAAAUCUUAUUCGCGAGGAUGAGUAUCACCGUGGCGUGCUCCUCUUUCUACAUGUGGUACAAGAAGACAGAACACUUCCCUUUCGGAAUGAAGGAAGUCCGCUCGUUGCUAGUUGCUAGAGGGCUUUUCGGCUUCUUCGGAGUCUUUGGAAUGUACUACUCUUUGUUGUACCUGCCUCUGGCCGAUGCCACUGUUAUCACGUUUCUCGCACCAUCGCUCGCCUGUUGGGCAUGCUCAUAUUUCAUCAAUGAGCCUUUCACCCGGAUGGAACAGAUCGCUGCUUACGUCUCGCUCUUUGGCGUUGUUCUUAUCGCAAGACCUGUUACAUUAUUCUCUGCACUGUCGCAUUCCGACGCACCUAUUCCUCCUGCUACCGGCGACUUAGAUGCUCUUCUACCGAACACAACUGUAUCUUCACCCGAUCGUCUCGCCGCCGACUAUGAUUCGGUGACGCCAACGCAACGAGCAGUGGCAGUAGGCAUUGCAAUGCUGGGUGUCAUUGGAGCCGCAGGCGCAUAUACCACAAUUCGAUGGAUCGGCAAGCGAGCACAUCCGCUCAUAUCCGUCAACUACUUUGCAACAUGGUGUACGAUUGUCAGCGUAGUGGCAAUGUUUACCAUACCUGGUGUUGGCUUCCUGCUUCCGAACAGCCUGAGAGACUGGUGCUACCUGAUCUUUCUGGGCGUCUGCGGUUUCGUAAUGCAAUUCCUCUUAGCCGCAGGUCUUCAAUACGAGAAGUCAUCUCGCGCAACAAACAUGGUUUAUAUGCAAAUGCUCUUCGCACUCGCAUUUGACAAGCUGGUCUGGGGCACGACACCUGGCGCUUUAUCCAUAACUGGAUCCUCGCUCAUCCUUGGUUCGGCGAUAUAUGUUGCGAUGAACAAGGAGGCGCCGACGAAGAAAGUAGAGCCAAUAGGAAGAGGAGACGACGAGGAAGAGAGGGGGUUGAUAUCUCCGGAAUUCGAAGGUGAACAAAUAGACGAAGAAGACGCAGACAUACCGAUGAGGCCACUGAGAUGA